UGGCUGCUGCAUCCUCGAGCCCAUCCGAAAUCACAUGAAGGUGGACAGAGAAAGAAAAGAAAAUGAGGACAGCGAGCACAAGGUGUGCGUGAAAGAAAGACUGUGUGCGUGCGUAUGUGAGUGGGGUGAGUGCACGUAUGUGAGUGAGUGAGUGUGUGUGUGUGUGUGUGUGUGUGUGUGUGUGUGUGUGUAUGAGAGAGAGAGAGAGAGAGAGAGAGAGAGAGAGAGAGAGAACGUGUGUGUGUGUUUGUUCGGUAAGAAGGGAAAUAAAAAGACGAGAGACCGGGGGGCAGCCAGCUCAAAACGGCGGGCAACACCGAGCCAUGGAGGGCGAUGUGCGUGUCCGAGCGGUGGUGAUGACACGUGACGAUUCUAGUGGUGGCUGGGUGCCCCUUGGUGGUGGCGGCCUCAGUCACGUGAUCAUUUGUAAGGGGCGGAGCUCUGAAGGCUGUGGGCGGAGAGAGUACGUCAUACGUGGCGAACGGCUUCGCGAUCGAGCACCUGUGCUGGAAUGCACCAUUCAAAAGGCAAUGGUCUACAACAAGGUGAACCCCAUCUUCCAUCACUGGUGUGUAGAGGAGAAGAAGUUUGGCCUGACCUUCCAGAGUCCAGCUGAUGCCAUCUCUUUUGAGAGGGGGCUUCAAAGUGUCCUUGAGAAGCUGGACAGAGGAUCUGACUCGCCAUCAUCCUCGACACCUGAAGAGGGCAAUACUGAGGAUGACGGCCAAGCAUCUGUCUCAGUCUCAUACAGGGAGUGAGUCGUCGUCCAACAGCAGAAAAGAGAUGCUGCCCAAACCCAUCACCAUUGUGACCAGCGAGUCCUCCUCUACCUGUUUUGUGCGCUCCACAGAGGAGUUUGCAUAUGGAUCAGGGCAUGCUGUUACAACACAGACCCCAACCCAGCUCCACGCCCAACCUGCCCAGCACCAGCUCACCCAAGUUACAGCAGUGUUGAACCCUCCAGCACCUUCUCCGCCUCCUCCAGCUCCCCCAACUCCUCCAAAUGUUCCCCCCGCUGCCUCUCCCCUCUCUCCACUCUCACCCACCAUCUCCCUGCUGGAGGAGGGUGACCUACACAGCCUCGAUCCCUGCAAAGACCUGUGGGGUACACGCGGUUAUGAGGACUACCGACGUGCCGGUGCUACACGGACCAAGGUGGGGGGGCUGACGGGGGGCGUGGUUGUGGAUGCUGGCCAGGACAAGUCGGAGCUUUGUGUGGUGCGCUUCGAGAAAGAACUGGCUGGUGUGGGAACCACAGGCUGCGAGGUCACCGUCAUGCUGGACGCCAAAGGCUCUCAGCAUCACUCUUCGCCCACUUGCAUGCCCAACGCUGUGCCCGGGGUGCCAUCCGCCAGUGGCUCCCCGCAGGAGACAGGCAAAGGCUCGCCCUCUCCAUGCUGCAUCCACACCUCGCUCGCCACGCCCCGCUCUCGGACUCACAAGCGAGGGGGCGGCACCGGCGCAGGAGGCGAAGCCAUCUCACCUGACGACGACAGCUCCUGCCCGCAAGGCUCGUCCUCCUGCUCGUCGCGCUGUGUGUACUGCCGUUCUGUAUUCAGCGCCUCGGAAAAUGGACGGGGCCGCUGUCGGGACGCUCCCGACCCGGCGCUACACUGCCUGCGCCAGUGGACGUGCGUGUGGUGCGCAGAGAGCUUGCUCUAUCACUGCAUGUCAGACUCAGAGGGUGAGUUCUGGGAGCCAUGCUCGUGUGAGGACUCGAUGGGCCGGCGGCCGCACCCGCUGUGCUGCGCCCGCUGGAUGGCGCUGUUGGUGCUGUCUCUUUUCGUGCCCUGCAUGUGCUGCUACCUACCCCUGCACGCAUGCCUGCGUUGUGGGGAGAGAUGCGGCUGCUGUGGAGGAAAGCACAAGGCCGUGCGAUGAGGCCUGAUAGGGGGAGGGAUUUGGGGAGGGAGGUGGGGCUUGUUUUGAUGGCGAAGGGAGCACAAAGACGUUGUCAUUCAAGAAACAGCUAUACAGCCAGAUCUCCUCCAUAAACCUUCGCAAUUAUAUCCCCUCCCCCCUUCGAGGCUGUCUGCUGCAUUCCGCUCUUUCUAUUUUUACCUGGACCCUUAAUGGUUGUACCAAUAGUGGGUGCAUGGGCAGAAGAGAUGACACCUGUGGUUUCAAAGUCUGAGCUCUCAGAUUUGCUGGUUUGUGGGGUCAUGGGGUCGUCUCUGGGAGGUGGGGAGUGAAUGGGUAUCAGUGAUGUGUAAACUGUUUCAAUUGUUAGUUUUCUUUUUUUAAUUUAUGGAGAAAAUAUGAGAUGAAAAAACAGAUGAUGUUUAUAGGUAUGGGUAUCAGACCUUUUAUGAGUAUCUUAUUUUACUUGAACUCUUGAAAGAUUUUCAAUAUUUUUUGAAUUGAUUUAAUGAACACAAUCCCCUUUUACCUCUAGUUUACUGAGUUUUACCUCAAUGUCCUGAGAAGAGGAAGACAGAUAGAGAAAAAGACACUGUGUGCUGUGGUGAGGUUUUGUAUAUGAACAGAUGAUAUUGUGAAGGAGAACAUUUUGAUGCUGUUAGUUUUGAUGCUUUUAGUUAAGAAUAGGGAACAUGAUUGGAUCCAGUAUAAUAUCAGACGCAGUCAAGGGGCAGUUGCACCAAAAUCACUUUCACCACAUGCUCAUUCUUCUGUCGAGAAUAUACAUGUAUUUAACUUGCCAGCAACCAAGAAUGUUGCCUAUUCUUCAAUUGUAGACCAAAAAAAAAAGUGGAACGAUAAUCUAGACCAGAAUCUGCCAAACAUUUGCUCAGCAAAUGUAAAGCAAGGCCUUGAAAUGUAGUUGUAUUCACCACCAAAUAUACAGUGCAAUUAGUAAUUAGAAAGAAUGAGAAAAUAUAAAUGAGCAAAGGAAUGUUGUGUAUGACAUAACACUUUGACUUUUUCUUUUAGUAUGGCAACAAUAGAAGUACUCAAUCAUUACCUAUAAUGGGUUACACUGCAUCUCAUGUGUGCUCUUGUGCCCUGUUACAGUGAAUAAUUUCGACCAAUCAGUUCAAACAUUGCCUGGUGUAACAGUAUGGACCUCAAAGUCUUUAGAAACAUUGCUUUAUAAUAUCUCAAAGCUGCUACUUCAGUUCCCAUAAUCUUGUCUUUACAUUCUGCUGCUACUAAUAAGUUAUUGAAAUCAGACACAGCCAUGUAGUCAAUUUGAUUUAGAAAGACAAUGUCCCUAAAUCAUCUCAAAGGAAAAAUAUCUAUGAUGGAAAAAAACUUCAACUCUAAAAUGCUUCUAUUUACUGUGUCAGGGAGUGUUACAUUGGAAUCAGUGUUGUAUUAAAUGCUGAUUUAAGUCACUUUACAAGUAAAAGUGUUUUAGGGUCACUGCAGGGUGAACCGCUUGACCAUUAAAACCUAAACACAUCACAUGCAUUGUAUGUCAUUGUCCAAUUUCAACCUGAACUCAUUUCAGUGCAUUUUCAAAGACACAUUUUCAAAUUCGAGAUAUGCUCUCACAUACUUUAUAGGCAGAAUAUUAGACAUGAGUAGAGAAACACUAAAUGACCCAAAACUAGCACUGGAAAAAGAUGAACUUUGAGAGAUGAGACCACCCUUGAGGGCCCAAGUCAUACAUCCUAUUAAUAAAUGUGCCUUUUGAUUUAUUUAACCAAUAACCUAUGAUUUCUAAGUAACAACGUACCUAAAACUCAUUCUCUUUUUUUGGGUUGUUUAUUUCUGCCAAUGUGCAUAUUUUAACAUGUAUGUAUCUAUUAGUUUGAAAAGUAAUCAAUGGAAAAUAUACCUGUUUAUAUAUUUAUUGAGAUAUUUAUUCUAAUUCUUUAUUUAUUUUUGGAGACGGGUUUUUAUUUUCUGUGCUGUCUUCUCUGACUUUGUGCCAAUUUGCUGCUUUGAGGUGUUACAUAUCGUGGGUUUGUAUCAUUAAUUAAACCCUAACUCUAUAUUUUAAUGAAAAGUUUGCACUUUGAAUCGUGUUUACAUGUUUUUAAUUCCAUGUGUUAAUGUGCAGCACAAUGCAUUAGUAAAGUCAUACUGGAAUACUUUCCAACAAAACUUUAUACAGGACCUACACAUAACCACCAAACCAGUGUGGGGUAGUGGAGUACAAGAAUGCAAAAGUGCAUUCAUAUACUCAUCGUUAAGAGGGUGAAUCUCACAAAAAAAAAAAAUA